AUGUUGACUAUAUCUGUACCUCUGCUACCUUGCAGUGGUACCCCUGGUCCACUUGGGCCAGCUGCUUCAUAUGCCAACCCACCUCAAGAGGUAGCGACCUGGUGUUCUCCUCUGGAAAGUCUACCCCACCAUCAGUGCUACUUUGAAGAAUUAGAGGUUCACUUAGACAAUGCCCUUAGAGGAGCUUGUUCAUGGAAGUCUCUUCAUUUACUGAGACAUCUCCUGGUCUUCAUGUUCGCCAUAGAAGAAGUAAACAGAAGAUCUGACAUCUUACCUAAUAUCACUCUGGGAUACAAGAUCUUUGACUCCUGUGUGUUAGAACAUAAAGCUGUACAGAGUGCACUAAGUAUACUGUCAGGACGAGAAGAAGCCGUCCCCAACUAUAGCUGUGAUGAAAAGAACAACGUGGUGGCUUUUAUCGGACACUUGGAGUCCUCCUCUAGUCUGUCCAUAGCAGAGAUUACUGGAAUCUAUGGCUAUCCUCAGCUCAAUCAGUAUAUAAGGAGAGUUCAUUCUACAACUUCUGGUGGAGAUUCGAUUCAUGAUGAAGGAAACUUUCCAGCUAGAUUUGAUCUGGUGAACUAUCAUGUAUAUGCUAACCGUACUGUGGGGAAACAAACAGUUGGACAAUUUUAUGAAGGCAGUGGUCAUCUGCAAUUUGUUAUAAAUGACAACUCAAUUUUUUGGAAUCCCCGAUUUCCCCAGACACCGCGCUCCGCCUGUAGUGAGAGUUGUCUUCCCGGAUACAGAAAAGUCCAACUGGAAGGAAAACAGAAAUGCUGCUACUACUGUGCCCCCUGUGCAGAAGGCGAGAUCUCCAACCAGACCGAUAUGGAAGAAUGCUUGGAGUGUCCUGAAAACCAGUGGUCUAAUGAGAGAAGAGACGCCUGUAUCCCGCGACCACUUGACUUCCUGUCAUAUGAAGAUACCUUGGGAUUAUCUCUCAUUAUUAUCAAUCUCUUCUUCUGUUCUGUGACGGUCGUUGUGUUGGGGAUAUUUAUAAAGCACAAGAACACUUCAAUUGUGAAAGCCAAUAACCAGAACCUGAGCUAUAUCCUGCUCCUGUCUCUGCUCUUCUCAUUUCUAUGUCCUCUCUUAUUCAUUGGACGUCCCACAAGGAUGUCAUGUCUGGUACGACAAGUGACUUUUGGGAUCAUUUUCAGUCUUGCAGAAUCUUCUAUUUUAGCUAAAACAGUCACUGUAGUCUUGGCUUUUCACACCAUUCAACCAGGCAGGGCACUGAGGCAGUGGUUGGGGAGACAUCUGUCUACAUCAUUACUCAUUACUGGUACAAUAGGAGAGGUUGUGAUCUGUGUCUUCUGGUUGUCUUUCUCUCCACCAUUCCCAGAUUAUAACAUUGAAAUAGAAGUUGGAAAGAUAAUAUUACAGUGUGAUGAGGGAUCUGCUAUUGCUUUCUACUUGUCCAUUGGCUACAUUGGGUUUCUGGCUGUGUUGAGCUUUAUAGUAGCCUUCUUGGCCAGGAAACUUCCAGACAUCUUCAAUGAGGCUCAGUACAUCACCUUCAGCAUGCUGGUCUUCUGCAGUGUGUGGAUCUCCUUCAUCCCGACCUAUCUCAGCACCAAGGGGAAAUACAUGGUGGCUGUGGAAAUUUUUGCCAUCUCAUCUUCCAGUGCUGGACUUCUGGGCUGUAUCUUCAUUCCCAAAUGUUACAUUAUUCUAAUGAGACCAGAAUUGAACACAAAACCAAAUCUAAAGGACAAC